GAAAGCUUCUUAUAUUCUGUCCAAAACUAUUUGAAAUGAUCACUAAGAUUCAAGUUUUAUAUCAUUCAUAGUUAUACAUUGUUUGUUCCGGCAUAAAAAUCCCGGCGGUUAUUUUGUUCGUUGUUCUCCUUUGUCCGGGCAAUGAAAUUCCAGUACAAAGAAGACCGUCCGUUUGAAAAACGCCUAGAAGAAGGGCAAAAUAUACGUAAAAAGUACCCUUCCAGCGUUCCAGUUAUUGUUGAAAAAUCGCCUCGUGCACGUGUUGGCAAUCUAGAGAAAAACAAAUAUCUAGUUCCUUCGGACCUAACUGUCGGACAAUUUUACUUCCUGAUUCGUAAGAAAAUCCAAUUAAAUCCAGAAGAAGCGCUAUUUUUCUUUGUUAAAGACAUUAUUCCUCCUACAAGCGCUACUAUGGGUGCUCUCUAUCAGGAACAUCAUGAUCGUGAUCUCUUCCUCUACAUUGCAUACAGUGAUGAAAGUAUAUACGGAUCAGUGGAAGAUUGCACAUCAUGAAAAUUGAAUAUUGGUCACGGUUCUGUUUUCAAAAGCUUAUUGAGUCUGUGUUUCUUCCCACAUCAUUCUACCGAUAUACCUAUUGUUCCCACACAUACACAACACAUAACCAGUCAUUUCUGUCGAUUUUUCCAGUCAUAUUUUUUUUCUUCUUUAAAACCUACACUACAGUGUUUUAAUUGUUCAUCUAACGACACUAAUAAUUAUGUGUAUUUCACUUUUUUUUGUUAUUUACUAAUUAAGAGUUAUUAAAUAAAGUUCGCAUUUUGUGCAAAACAGUUAUUGUGAAUGACAUUCAUAAUUUUCAUUUUCAUUAAUUUAACUGAAGACGAAAUACAUUUUGUAAAAGCGU